UUUUUUAAAUCAAGCAGGUUUGCCCUCUUCACUGCUUUACUCCUACAGGUUGCUGGUCCGUUUUCAUCUUCUUCUUCUUCUGUCAUUAAGUUCGGCGCCACCAAUGGCAGACUCAACGCCUUCUCAGAGUAGCAUGGAUCGGAGAAGCUCAUCGAGGCCUUUGGGUCUUCUCACUUUGAUCUUGGCUCCAGUUGCAGCAGCCAUGCUUCUCUACCAACUCGACCCCUAUGACCCAGCUCCUGUCCCCAUCCACGAGUUUUCACAGCAACCCAUGGUCGUGCCCAAGCUCAACCCUCGCAUGCUACAAGGAUCGGAGAUGAUUGGGGUUGGGAAGCUUUUGAGUCCAGAGGACAUUGCCUAUCAUCCCGACUCACACCUCAUCUACACCGGUUGUGAUGAUGGCUGGGUCAAGCGAAUCACCUUGAACGAUUCCAUGGUACAGAACUGGGCUUUCACCGGAGGACGACCCCUCGGCGUGGCUCUCGGCCGCCACGGUCAGCUUGUUGUCGCUGAUGCCGAAAAGGGUCUAUUGGAGGUAACUGCAGACGGUAUGGUGAAGACGUUGACCGAUGAGGCUGAGGGUCUAAAAUUCAAACUAACUGAUGGUGUGGAUGUGGCGUUUGAUGGCAUGAUUUAUUUUACAGAUGCUUCCUAUAAAUAUGGCUUGAAAGAACAUAUUCACGACAUUUUGGAGGGUAGGCCCCAUGGUAGACUAAUGAGUUUUGACCCAUCAACUAAAGAGACCAAAGUGCUGGUUCGCGACCUGUUCUUCGCUAAUGGAGUUGUCAUCUCACCUGAUCAAAAUUCUGUGAUAGUAUGUGAAAGUGUCAUGAAAAGGUGCUUAAAAUACCACAUACAAGGUGAAAAAAAAGGAUCGGUGGACAAGUUCAUCGAUAAUUUACCAGGUCCACCUGACAAUAUCCUAUACGAUGGCGAAGGACAUUAUUGGAUUGCAUUGGCUAUGGGAAACUCAUUGGCUUGGGAUUUGGCAUUGAAAUAUCCUUGGAUCCGAAAGGUUGUGGCAAUCAUGGAGAGAUACAAAGUAAGGCCUCAUAUAGAGAAAAAUGGAGGGGUUUUGGCUGUUGAUUUGGAAGGAAAACCAACCGCAUAUUAUCAUGAUCCUGGUUUGUCAGAGGUUUCAAGUGGAGUGAAGAUCGGGAAUUAUUUAUAUUGCGGUUCCAUUGCAAAACCCUACAUGAUCCGCCUUGAUCUUCAUCAACAUGUUGCACGUGCCACCAUGUGACUGAGCAAGUGGCCCUUGUCGAAAUCAUGGAGAUGCAAAGAAAAAACUCUAAUUAAGGAAAGUCGACAUGCAGAUUAUAGAAGAGUUUAUAGAAGAUUGUCCUAAUGACAAUGGAGGAAGGCUAUGGUAUGACACGGAUCAACUACCAAACUUCCUCAUAGAAAUGUUGUGUGAGGUUGAAUUGAUUGUAAAUCCUAUGAAUUGCAAUGGUUGAUUGGCUGCAAAUCGUAUGAUAGUUGUUUAUAGUCAUUUUCAUAGUUCAAAUCCCAUAAAUUUCAUUAAAUCCGGCAA